AUGGUCGCCCCAGAGGAGCCGCCAGCUCCCCAGCCCACCUGCUCCCUCAGCCCUGUUCUCCUUCUUGCCCAGGUCUCGAAGCUAGACACAGGGCUGGUGGCCUUGAAGGCUGAAGGGCAGGAGCUCCUGCUGGAGCUGGAGAAGAACCACAGGCUGUUGGCCCCAGGAUACACAGAAACCCACCAUAGCCCAGAUGGGCAGCCAGUGGUGCUGGUUCCCAACCACACGGACCACUGCCACUACCAUGGGCGCGUGAGGGGCUUCCCUGACUCCUGGGUAGUCUUCAGCACCUGCUCUGGGAUGAGGGGCCUGAUCACACUGGACAGGAAUGCCAGUUAUUAUGUGCAUCCUCGACGAGCUGGAGACUCUGAGGACUUCAUCACUCACAAGAUGUUCCGAAUUGGGCAGCUGCUCGGCUGGAAAGGGGCCUGCGGCCACAGGGAUGCCAAGAACAAAGGGGACAUGGCCAACCUUUCUCGUGCCACUCAGAUCAAGGAGAGGAGGGAGCUCCGCAGGGGCCCGAAGUUCCUGGAGUUGUACAUGGUGGCUGACCACACGCUGUUCUUGACCCAGCACCGGAACUUGAACCACACCAAACAGCGUCUCCUGGAGGUGGCCAACUAUGUGGACCAGAUUCUCAGGACUCUGGACAUUCAGGUGGCCCUGACCGGCCUGGAAGUGUGGACGGAGCAGGACCAGAGCCGCAUCACGCCGGACGCAAAUGCCACGCUCUGGGCCUUCCUGCACUGGCGCCAGGGGCUGUGGGCACGGCGGCCGCACGACUCCGCGCAGCUGCUCACGGGCCGCGCCUUCCAGGGCGCCACCGUGGGCCUGGCGCCCAUCGAGGGCAUGUGUCGCGCCGAGAGCUCGGGAGGCGUGAGCACCGACCACUCAGAGCUCCCCAUUGGCGCAGCAGCCACUAUGGCCCACGAGAUAGGUCACAGCCUUGGCCUCAGCCACGACCCCGACGGCUGCUGCGUGGAGGCGGCGGCCGAGCAAGGCGGCUGCGUCAUGGCCGCGGCCACGGGGCGCCCGUUCCCGCGCGUAUUCAGCGCCUGCAGCCGGCGCCAGCUGCGCGCCUUCUUCCGCAAGGGGGGCGGUGCGUGCCUUUCCAACGCGCCCGACCCCAGGCUCCUGGUGCCCCGCGCGCGCUGCGGGAACGGCCUCGUGGAGGACGGCGAGGAGUGUGACUGCGGCGCCAGCCAGGAGUGCCCGGACGCCUGCUGCCUCGCCCACAACUGCUCGCUGCGCGCGGGGGCCCAGUGCACCCACGGCGACUGCUGCGCGCGCUGCCUGCUGAAGCCGGCUGGCGUGCCGUGCCGCCGAGCUGUGGGAGACUGUGACCUCCCAGAGUUCUGCACGGGCUCCUCCCCUUACUGUCCCCCGGACCUUUACCUACUGGACGGCUCGCCCUGCGCCAGCGGCCGGGGCUACUGCUGGGAUGGCGCGUGUCCUACACUCGAGCAGCAGUGCCAACAGCUCUGGGGGCCUGGCUCCAGCCCAGCCCCAGACGCCUGUUUCCAGACCGUGAACUCCGCGGGAGACGCCCACGGGAACUGCGGCAAGGACCUCAAGGGUGGCUUCGUGGCUUGUGCGCAGAGGGAUGCGCAGUGCGGGAAGCUGCAGUGCCUGGGCGGGGAGCAGAGCCCACGCGCAGCGCACACGGUGCCCGUGGACUCCACCGUUGGACUAGGCAGCCAUGAGGUGACCUGCAGGGGAGUCUUCGUGCUGCCCGGUGUCCAGCUGGACGUGCUCGACUUGGGCCUGGUAGAGCCAGGUACCCAGUGUGGACCUAGCAUGGUGUGCCAGGACAGGCGCUGCCGAAACACCACCUUCUGGGAGCUGGAGCAAUGCCUGGCAGCCUGCCAUGGCCAUGGGGUUUGCAACAGUAACCAAAACUGCCACUGUGCUCCGGGCUGGGCUCCGCCCUCCUGCGACAAGCCAGGGUUUGGUGGCAGUGUGGACAGUGGCCCUGUGCAACCUGAAAACCACAAGGCCUUCCUGCUGGCACUGAUCCUUAGCUUUCUGCUGCCUCUGCUCCCGGGGGCUGGCCUGGCCUGGUGCUGCUGCCGGCAGCCGGGGUCCCGUCUCCAGCAAUGCCUCUGGGGCUCGAGGAGGGAUGCCGCAUGCCGUGGGCCCAAAGAUGCCCCAAACAGGGACUGCCCCCCCAGCAGUGUUCACCCCAUGGAGUUGGGCCCAGCAGCCAUUGGAGAGCCCCGGUCCCUGGACCUUGAGAACUCUGCCAGAGCCCAGGAACCACCUUGAGAAGCCUCUGCCCUGUUGUGCUGCCUGCAACCCCAAGCAGAUCAAGCCCAGAAGCCAAGAUCCUGUCUCUGGUGAGAGGGAGCUCCCAAGAUGAGGGUACUUACAGACGGUGGACCUCUGACAGCCCCUCUGGGGACUUGGUCUCCCAGGGUAGAGCCAGAGAGUCAGACCUCCUGCACUUUGGCAGCCUGCAAGUUUCUUCCCUGAGUUGAGCUUGCCCCACCCACUCCAGGACCCCAGAGCCUUAUCAGAAAGUGCCCAGUACCGUCCCCAUUCCUUAGGACUAGGGAAUCCUGGUAGGGUACAUACUCCAGCCCAAGAAUCUAUUGGUCCAAGGAGCAAAGUUCACGUAGUCACUGACCUCUUGUCACCAGGGGAGGCUGGGUCAUGAUGGGCAUUAGGAGAGGCCUCUGUCCAGGGAUCCUGGGUGUCUCUGUUCCAUGUAUUUUACCCAGACCCAGCUCCGUAGAGGCCAGUGACUGCCGGGCCAGAAGCCAGCGCUGGGGGCCCUACAUUUCAGACAGAGUCCACUUCCCUGGAGCCUGGCCCCAGCAAAAACAAAAAACAAAAAA